AUGAGCUCUUUGUUGUUUAUCACAAUUCCUAGCGUUUUUGUUGGUUCAGCCAGAGCGAUUGGAUAUUCCAUCUUCAAGUUCGUCGGCCCUUUCUACAUCGUGGGCCUACUUUGUGCUGGUUGA